GAGUUUAAAUUUAAUGCAGAUGCUUUAUUUUAUGCCCUGAGAAGCUAUUCUGCUUUAUAAUUUCAGCUAGAGGCCGCUGAGAUUCCAAAACUGGUCAUAGAUAUGGGUUGCUGCUUGUUUUAUCCCGUUUAAUUACAAGCAUUUGAUUUGUUAGAGAUCACUUACUGAAAGAAUAAACCCAAAUGUAAUUGAAAAGGGUGACGAUGAAAAUUUAGCCCAGCAAAGGGGCUCUUGGCUUUGCAUGAACGUGUCGUCCAGUUUUAGCAGCUUAGUCGGUAAAUCUCUGAAAGAGCAAGCGGAGCACAUUUUAGGUGACGAGAAUGCUGAUGAAUGAUGUUUUACUUUUGGGGAAAAGGCACCAAAAGGGGAAGUGAUGGGGUACAGCAAGCUAGUGCUGGUGAUGUUUGUGUGCAAAGAGUAUUUUUAUUAUCCAUAUAAAGAGGUAAAAAAAAUCUGCUCUUCCCCUUUUCUGCUCUUUGAUGUGCAUUAAAUAUCUUAUUUUAUAAGUGUGAGCAACAAUGUUUUUGUGGUUUUGUAAAAGUAUCAUGUGCUCAUGUACUUUUCUCAUGACCAAAGGUCUGUUUGUUUUAGUUAGAACAAAAAGUAAAAGCUGCUGUGAAGGUUCAGCCAAAUUUCAAAUCAGUCAUCCAGGUUUUAAAAAAGCACGUCGAACCUUCGCUGGAACUGCAUCACUUGGUAAAAGCCACCUGUUGUCUUCAGAGCCACCAUCCCCUCUGAGAGUUUUGUUCCUCUUGGUUCAACCUAUUUUUAGGGCAGCCGAGAUGUUGAGCGCUAUAUUUGCACAUUGCAGUUCUGCAGUGUGUCUGGAGCAACAAGCAACACGCCAUCUGCUUUUCUAGGUGUGUGUUUGUCUCAGAAAGGCACCACGGAGGGUGGCCAGUGUGAGGAGAUGUGUUACAGAUUCCACCCUGCUGGAGCAACAAUGAGUUCUCACGCCAAACAUCGGAAGGAGAGGGUCGGUACGAUGGACUACGACACACAAAUAAGAGAGGUACGUUGCCAGCUUGUAGACCAGCUAAAGGUUUUAGAUUUGCAACUCGAGCAAAAGACCCAGCAGCUGCAAGACAUGACUGACUACCUGAGGCGACGAGGGGAGAUCGAGAACGAGUACGCCCGCUCCCUGGAGAGGCUUGCUGAACGGUUCACUCUGAAGAUAAAGAGGAAGGACCCCGGUAAUCACUCUGUGUCCCAAGUCUGGGUGGCUCUUUUGUCUCAGACCCGCCAGGAAAGCAGGGACCACUGUAGACUUGGUGAAAGCUGCAGCAACCUUCUGGUCCAGCCCAUCAUACACUGUCUAGAAUACACACAGCGCCUUGCUAAAAAGAGCAAAGAUCUCUGCUCUCAGCUGCAGGACGGUCUACUCAAGGUCACCACUGAGCUGCUGACUGCAUGGCGGACGUACUUCCAGUACCACUCUGAGUUUGUGUGUGCGGAGGGGAAGUUGAGAGAGGCAGAGAAACAGGAGGAAAAGCAGAAGCAGAGCAACUCUAAAAAACUGGAGAGGUUGAUAGAAAAAAGACAAAUUAAAGUUCAAGAGAUCCAACUAAAGUGCAGCAAAGCCAGAAAUGAUUACCUCUUGAACCUGGCUGCAGCUAAUUCCUCCAUGAAUAAAUACUUCCUCCAGGACAUCUCUACCCUCAUAGAUUGCGCAGAUGUGGGGUACCACCUAACAUUGGGCCGGGUGAUGCAGGCCUACCUGUCUCGUCGGGUGACAACCCAGCAGAAGGUGAGCACAGGUCUGGAGCCGCUCCAGGAAGCCGUGAGUGAACUAGACCAGGGCCGAGACAGAGACGCCCUCCUGCAGGAGCACUACAGCACCUUCUCCAUGCCCCUUCGCUUCCCCUAUCAGCCCCAUGAAGGGGAUCAGAUUUCUGAAGUCGGCAUAGAGAGCGAAACGAGGUGUGAGAUGGAGACCAGAUUCAAACAGAUACAAACCCGAAUGAAGGCGGUCACGCAGGAAUCCGGAGAGGCUCGCACAAGCAUGUCAGCAGCUAGGUCGUCCCUGCUGGAGGGGAUCAGUGAUGAUGAUCUGGAGUCCAACAGUGGCAGUGGCCAGCCUCAGGAGGGCAGCAAUGAGAAUCUAAGCCUCAGACCCAACGGGACCCGGCGCAGGGCCAACCUGCAGGAAAUAGAAAACCUCUACUUCACGAGAGUGAAAGAGUUCCUCGUCGGCAGCUCGCUGGAGUCGAAACUCCAAGCCAAACAUGACCUGCUUAAAGAGGCUGUGGAAAAAGAAGCAUCAAAUGAACGCAAGCCCAGGAAUUCUUUGAGGUCUCGAAUCAAAAAGAAUCCUUCAAGUUCCAGUUUGUUGCACAACCAUAAACUUUUCAGUGGAGAUAUGCUGUCCUUCAUUCAGGAAUCGGGUCAACAGAUUCCAUUUGUAGUGGAAAGUUGCAUUCGAUUCAUAAACCUUUACGGUCUCCAUCAUGAGGGGAUUUUUAGGGUACCAGGAUCUCAGAUGGAUGUCAACAGCCUGAAAGAUGCAUUUGAGCAAGGUAACGACCCUUUGGCUGGUCAGAAAUAUGAUCUGGACUCUGUGGCUGGAGUCCUGAAGCUCUACUUCAGAUGUCUGAAGACUCCGCUCUUUCCCAUCAGCAGCACCAAUCAGCUCCUUGAACACGCACAUCUAAGUAAUGAGGCAGAGAGGGCAGCUCAGCUAAAGGCGGUCAUCUCUUCGUACCCAGAGCCCAUUAUUAUCGUCAUGAGAUACCUCUUCGCAUUCCUUCAUCAUGUGUCUCAGUACAGUGACGAGAACAUGAUGCAGCCUUACAACUUGGCUGUGUGUUUUGGCCCAAGCUUGGUGAGGGGCGAGCAGGACGAUGAUGUCGUGACCCUGCAGCCUCAGAUCAAUGCCCUGGUGAAGAGCAUCAUCAUCCAACAUGAAAGCAUCUUCCCCAGUCAGAGUGAAGUGCCAGGACCGGUGUAUGAGAAGUGUAUGUCUCUGGAGCAGGACGACAGUGAGGCUUUAAUUGAGGAAGGGGAAGUAGAAGCAGAGCUCACCUUUAGCAAAGAUGAUUUGGAAAUGAGGUUCACACCUGCGAAUGGUACAGCUGUUUCUGUGCUUGCUGCACAGAUGAAGGCAGAAUGCCCACAAGCCAAUAGCAGCGAUGCACUGGAUCACAGUAGAAGAGCAGCAGGGGGCGGCGCCCCCUCAGCUGCAAAGAGCAAUCUCCAGAUCCCCAUCAUGCCACCAAGCAAGCUGAGGAAACCACUUUCCCCUAGUUUUAUGCGCAGAGAAACUCGACAACCUACAUCCUCAGAGGACAUUCUCAAACAUGUGGACAAGGCGGUCUGUCGCCAGAUGGAGUUGGUCUUCAAGGAACUUCUUUUACGGCGAGCACCGCAGGAACCCUCCUCCGUCUCGACACCUUCUGCUCAAGCUCAACAGAAAAAAGGGAAGUGGGAGGGCUGGAAGGGGAGAUGAGCUGGGCUUUUUAGAGCAGCAGAUCCACUGGAGUGAGAGGACCUGCUUCAGCACACCACAUGAAAAGGGAGAGAGAGAAGAUGCUGAUGAAAACUGAGGACUGUCCGAAGGGCUCUGACAGAAGCUUUCAGCACAUCAGUGUCUACAAAACUGAAAUCGCUGACCCGUAGUCUCUUCCCCCAUGAGGAUUAUUCUCUUUGAAUGCCUUCUCCCUCAAAAGCCCCUUGGUUCUUAUUUUCACAAAAAAUUUCCAGAAUAACUAACAUGCAGUAAGAUAUGAAAACUGAUUUUACUCAACAUGCAUGGAUGUUUGUUUUUAUCUCAGAACUGGAGACAAUGUAUUUGAUUUUUUAUUUUUAUUUUUAGGGUUACGUGCAGAUCUUUGAGCACACGAUUUUAAGUUUCUCAAUAAGAAUGUUACAUUUCUGAAAACUGUGAACAUUGUGGCUGUGAGGAAUGGUGUAAAUUAUUUUACAUGUUUCACCCCUUUUCUUUGUACAUACAUAAAUAAAUUUCUAAUUUUCUCAGAUAUUA